AUGGAUGAAUUAGAGCCGUGGAAUAUGUUUACAAGUGAACAAGCUGCUGAUAAUGCUGGUGAGGAGGAAAACGACGACGAUGCUGAUGAUGACGGCGGUGGUGGUGGCGAUGACGAGAAUAACGAUGAGAACGUCGAUGAUGGUGAAGAAAAUGUACCCUUUACCAUACCAUCACCUGUACAGGAUAUGCAAGUAAAAGAAGAACCUCCCGAACCGAUGGAGGAAAAUUUCGAAGACGAUAGUCCCUUUGCAUUUCAUUCGAUAUUGCACAGUGAUCGGGAUACACCACAACACGCAGAUGAAUCUCUUUUCGAUUUCUAUGCUGACAAUUCCAAUUCUAAUCGCCCACCCGGCAGACCACCAUUACAAUCCACCAACGAACCACCUCCGCCCCUCUCAGCCGAGGAUGAAUACUAUCAUAAAUUGGUGCGAUACGAAGAUGCCAUUGUUUAUAUAUGCCCAUCGUGUGCUGCUGAAUUCCGUUCACAAGAUGCGUGGAAAACUCAUCUCAACAACGUUCACAGUUACAACACUCGGGAGGGUUUGAAUUUCAUUCAAUUGGACAAACUCUAUCAUGAAUGUAUGGAAUGUCAGAAACGUAUAGCCAUGCAUAGUAUGGAGAACUUGAUGAAGCACAAAUUUACCCAUUUACCGUAUCGUUGUUGCAAGUGUUUCAUCUGUAAGCGUCAAUAUAAAUAUCGGCAGGAUUUAAUGGUGCAUCUAAAAAUGGCACAUCGCGAUGAAUUAAUUGCCCUGGCCAAGGAGGAACAUAAAAAUCGACCGCCACCACAACAACAGCAACAAAAUCAAAAUUUACGUUCAAUUUUAAGCAAACCAUCGACAGCAUCACGUUCAAAUAUUUCCAUUGGUCAGGUUAAAGAGAGUGCAUUGGAUAUUUUCGACAAUAACUCCGAUGGCAUUGAAGUGCGCAAUGAAGUUUUGGAUGAGGAUGAUGGUGAUAGUUCACUACAACAGCCGCCGUCCAAGCGUGCGGCUCGCGAUAUCUCCACAUUUCUCGAUGAUGGUUCGACAAAUGGUUCUGCUGGCGGAGGUGGCCAACUAAAAUCAAAACUUUUAGAUGACAUCGAUGAAUCGCUGGAAGAAUACGUGUUAUUUACAUGUCCUCAGUGUGCAACGGAAUGUGAAACACGCAGCGAAUGGCAUCAACAUAUUGAAGAAGCACAUGAUAUGGCAUCGCGAAAGGGUCUGAAUAUACGCGAUAUAAAUCAAGGACAAGCUCAAUGUAUUGAAUGUAAUCAGACCAUCACGAAUAAUACAAUCCGAAAUUUACAAUUGCACAAGUUCACCCACUUGCCGCACAAGAAAUGGCUAACAUGUAAAUUGUGUUUUACCGAAUUCGAUAUUAGCAAAGAGGUGAUACGUCAUUUGGCCGAAAAACAUCAUCUGGUCUCGGAAAACACGACGAACAGCAAUAACGAUGAAGAUAGUCAAGAACCAUUCGGUUUUGGUGCCGACGAUUAUAAUGCCAAGAAUUCAUCAUCAUGGGGCAAUGGUAAUUCUAUGUCCAAAUCCGAAGAACGAGAUACAUUUGAACAACACAUUAACUAUUUGUGUCCCCAGUGCGGCAAAGAAUUUACGGAUAAGAAAUUAUGGCGUAAACAUAUGGUGGAUCAACAUCAACUGGGCGAUUUGGAGACGCUGAAUUUUGAGGUCAUCAAUGAACUACAGCUGAGAUGUCGAGAAUGCGAUAAGAUUAUCACAAAUGCCUAUGGCAUACAGAAUGCACAACAACAUCGUAUUACGCAUAUGCAGUACAAAUCGUUUGCCAUUUGUCGUAUUUGCCGGAAACAAUACACGGAGCGUAAGGGCUUGACGAAACAUUUAAGAAAUGCCCAUGGCAUUGGGGUUCCUUCGUCAAGGAAUGUCAACUCCGCAUCGCCUAUACCGAAUUUCGGUAGUCCGAGCACUAAGCCCUUCAAAUCGAAACAGCAACCACCGUACAAGGAGAUUGUGAGGCACAAUAAUUACACCUAUGAAAUAUGCUUUUUGGAUGAAGAUGAUGAUGUGGAUUUCGGUGGUGGUGGCGGCAGCGGAAGCGGCGGUGUUGAUUUUAUGAGAGAUUUUGGCAGAAAAUCGUAUGAUUAUAACAAAGCCGAGACCCAUUCGUAUAACAAACGAGCCUAUCCCUUGGCCAAAUCAAACCUAGAACAAAUGUCCCGUUAUCGUUGUGUCGAUUGUGGUUCCAUCUUCAAAAAUCCUCAGGCAUUACAGCAUCACAUUAAAACCGAACACGAUUUUGUCAGCGAAGAUAAAUCCAUUGAUGUUGAUGACUUGUUGACACCCAGUAGUCGUGAACCGGCGGUGCCUUCCAUUGCGGACAUCAAUACGGACGAUUCCGGGGUGGAUUGUAAUUUCAUCUACAUUUGCCCCGAAUGUGGUGUAGAAUUUCGAAUGCGACACUUGUGGCGCCGCCACAUCAACUCCGAACAUAAUUUCGAUAAACGUGAGUCGCUUGAUUUCCGCAUGAUUGAUAAACUCCGCUUCCAAUGUACGAUAUGCAAUGAAGUUGUACAAAGUUCCAAACUGAAGGGCUUACAGGAUCACAAGUUCCGUCAUUGCAAGUACAGGCAGUAUUUGAAAUGCCUACUGUGCGGCCAGGCGUACAACCACAAGCCGAACAUGAUCAGUCAUUUGAGGCAAAGGCACAACAUUGUGGAGGCUGAGCCGGCCCAACACUCCAUCAUGGCAGCCGAGGCCAAGAAACAGCAGAUACCGGCAUUCAAUGCCCCCAGGCAAUUUUACGGUGGCGGCAGUGCCAGCAAAAAUGUAUCUGAUGUUACCAGUUCAGAUCGGCCCUCAGGUCUGAAGACAGUCGAGGAUGUCAUCUCCUAUCACAAUGCUGUCGAUCAUGAGAGUAUUUUCUAUCAUUGCCCCUCGUGUACCCAAACGUUCGAUUCGCAUGUCUUCUGGCGUAAACACAUUGUCGAUGAACACAACCUGAACAGUCGACAAGGUCUGAAUUUCCGCCAAUUGGACGAUCACCACUAUAUCUGUUUGCAGUGCUACAAACGGGUCACUGUCACCCACACCAAGGGAGCCAUUGGCCAAUUGCAAUCACAUAAAUUUCGUCAUUUGCCCUACAAGUCAUUCCACUGCACCGUGUGCAAGGGUGAAUUUGUGCGCAAACAAAUGUUCUUUAAGCAUUUGGAUAAAAUCACCAAUAAAUGCGAUAAUUCUAUGAAUGAAUCAACAACAAAUCAUUCGGCUGCUGGUACAUCGGCUGGAAAGAGUGUUUGGCCAACAAGGGCAUCAUUACCGGCCGCCGCGCCAUCUCUUACCGAAAGUACGGCCGAUAAUCAGGGAUGUUUCACACUGAGCUGUCCCCAGUGUGGUCUGCAAUUUGAAUCGACACGCACUUGGCGUGAACACAUUAACAUCGAACACAACCUCAACAGUAGGAAUGUUUUGAAUUUCCGCAAGAUCAACUCAAAAUUGCAUUUAUGUUUGGAAUGCAAUGAACAUGUUAACGGUCGUAAACUGAGGGACCUGCAGGUCCACAAAUUUAAACAUUUGCCAUUUGGAGCGUACUUGCAUUGUCGUUUCUGUUCGAUGAGCUAUUUCCACAUUAGCAAUAUGCAGGAACAUCUCAAGAAUAAACAUCCCCAGAUGCUGACGAAAAUGCGUGCCGAUGUCAAUUAUGAGGAUGACGUGACCAAUUUGGAGGGAGAAGAUGAAGAUGAUGGUCAGACGUUUGGCGGCGGCGGUGGUGAGGAGGAGGAGGAUGACGAUGUAGUUGUGGCAAACGAUGAUGAUGGAGGUGGAGAUGGUGAUGAUGUGGGCGAUGAGGAUGAAGAUGAUGAUGCUCCAUGUCCAGAAAAUAUGCUUGAUAUUGAUUUAUUAGAGGCAGAAGCCGAAAUUGAAGAAGUCGAUCCCGAUAAUGUGGAAGCGGAUGAUCAAUAUCUUUUGGGUUAA